UCUCCUCCCUCAUUUCCACAAAGCUAUGCAGUCUCUGGUGUUCUACAAUUACCCUACGCUGAGAUUAAAGAACCAUUCACAGCUUUAUAUGAUGGUCCUAACAAAAGAGGCAGGAUAGAUUACUAUAAUGGCAUGGUGGUAAAUUUAUUAAGAGGUGAUAUGGGUGAUUAUGGUACCACACUAGAGUUGGCACCAAUGUCUAAUUACAAAGUUAAAAAUCAGAGAAUGUGUUUCAGAACUAAUGGUACCAAAGGUGCUGCUGUUAUGCCCCAAUCAGUUCUUCCAGACCUCAGUGGUUUCCAGAAAAUGGAUUCUGAGAUGAUGAAUGGACAAAUGUGUGAUUUAUGGCAGAUGAGACAAACAAUAGGAAAUAAAGAGAAUAUUUACUCAAUGUGGAUUAAUUCUCAGAAUGAAUACCCAGUGAGAUAUGAGAUGUAUGGCUAUGAUUCUCUACUAGGAUCUCAUUUUGAUCGUUACUAUUUAGAUUAUAUGGUAUUUAAACCUAAUACUAAUCUAACAUGUGGUGGUUUCCCUGGACCAGGUGUUGAAAGAAGAGUUAGAAUGAAUCCAAUGAGAGAAUUUGUUCAUCAUGAUGACAGUCAUGUAGAAGAAAUGUUCCAGUCUUUUAAGAAAACACAUCAGAAACUUUAUAAAGAUGAUAAAGAACAUCAAGAAAGACAACACAUUUUCAGACAUAAUCUCAGAUAUAUCAAUUCUAAAAAUCGAGCUGGUCUGUCAUUUAAUCUAGCUGUCAAUCAUUUAGCUGAUAGAAGUAAUUAUGAAUUAAAAGCUAUGAAUGGAUAUAGAUAUAGUAAAGGUAGCCAUGGUGGUUUAGCAUUUGAUACAACUAACAUGGAGACUGACAUCCCUGAAAACUUAGAUUGGAGAUUGAUGGGUGCCGUCACUCCUGUUAAAGAUCAAGGUGUUUGUGGAUCAUGUUGGAGUUUUGGUACCACUGGUACUAUAGAGAGUUCACUAGCUAUAAAAUCUGGUAAAGCCACCCGACUGUCUCAACAACAACUGGUUGAUUGUUCCUGGGGAGAGGGUAACAAUGGAUGUGAUGGAGGGGAAGAUUUCAGAUCCUAUGAUUACAUCAUGAAACAUGGUGGACUUACUACAGAAGAACAGUAUGGCCAGUAUUUAGCUGCUGAUGGUUAUUGUCAUGAUGAUAAAGUAAAGCCUGUUGUUACUGUUACUGGUUAUGUUAAUGUAACAACAUUGAAUGCUACAGCCAUGAAGAUUGCUCUAUUUAACAACGGUCCAGUCUCUAUUGCUAUUGAUGCAGCUUUAAAAUCAUUGUCCUUUUACUCCAGUGGUGUUUUCUAUGAUCCUAAAUGUGGUAACAAACCAGAAGAUUUAGAUCAUGCUGUUUUAGCUGUAGGAUAUGGUGUUUAUCCUAAAACAGGUGAAGCUUAUUGGUUGGUCAAAAAUUCCUGGUCUACAUAUUGGGGUAAUGAUGGUUACGUCUUGAUGAGCCAAAAAGAUAACAUUUGUGGUGUGCUUACUUCUCCAACCUAUGCUAAUAUCAAAGUGCUUUAA